UGAGACGUCAACCGGAAGUGCAUGGGUUCUUUGAUUCCCUGUACAGUGAGGUCGGAGUGAAGCUGAGGCUCGUUUUCACUUUGAUGGCAUUCAGACGAGAGGGAUAAUAAAACGUCUCAAUAUGGGAGAUGAUGGCAUGGACUACAACAUAGUUUUUCCGGAGCCAGAGGUCUCGGAGAAAUACUGGCACGGAUCGAAGCAACCGGUUGUUAUCCUUUUAGGCUGGGCCGGCUGUCGAGACAAGCAUCUCUCAAAGUACAGCUCGAUUUAUAACGAACAAGGAUGUGUAACUGUCCGCUACACAGCCCCCUUGAAGACGGUGUUCAUCUCCGAAUCGUUCGGCUACAAGGAGCUCCGCAGCACAGCGCACAGACUGCUGGAAAUCCUGUACGACUACGAGGUAGAGAACAACCCAAUCUUCUUCCAUGUGUUCAGCAACGGCGGCUUCAUGCUCUACCGCUACAUGGUGGAGCUCGUGCAAAGCCACAAGCAGUUCGGCUCACUGUACGUGGCGGGCUCGGUGAUGGACAGCGCGCCGGGAAACCAGAACGUCAUCGGCGCCGUCCGAGCUCUCAAAACCACGCUUGGCACCAAGGUCAACGUCGUGCUGCGCUGUCUUCUCUUGGCUCUGUUCACCGUGACCGUGUUCCUGCUCAGAGUCGUCUUGUACCCCGUGACCAAACACUUCCACAAGAACCACUACGACGCCAUGAUGGAGCGUCCGGCGCCUUGGCCUCAGAUGUACCUCUACUCCAGAGCAGACCUAGUGAUCAGGUAUAGAGACGUGCAGAAGAUGGUACAAUCACUGCAGGAGAAAGGGAUGCGCGUCGAGAGCUUCGACUUCAUCACGCCGGCUCACGUGAGUCUGUUCCGAGACUGUCCCGAAGAUUAUUCGAACAGGUGCCGGACUUUCCUGAAGAGCUGCAUGACUAACCGUGACGAGAGCUUAACGAAGAAACGCCUGUGAACGACGUGUAACGAUGACCGUAUGAAAGGGUCGGGCGAUAUGGCAAAGAAAACGAACACAUCAUGAUACUGAUCCUUAUUAUUAUGUCGUCCUGAUGCAUAACAUGUAUCACGAUGCUUAAGCGGCAGCAAAAUAGUAAUGCAGUUUAAAAAACCAACUUGAUUCUAGAACGAAAUUUAACUCAAUAAAUGAUAUAUUAACCAUGGAGCUGAUCAGCGUUCUAAAAAUAUUAGCACGCUAUCUGAGAGAAUUGUAUUUUUCCUGUAAUUGAUGACAAUAUUGAUCGUGUAUCGUCAUAUUGCCCAGACCUACCCUAUUGUGUUCUUACUUAAUAUUUUUUUUUAAGUGAUUUGAAACUGCUGUAAAGUGUAUACCCCCCCGCAACCCCCUCUUGUAUAAAUAGUACUGAUUGACCUUAUAUAUAAGUUUAUAUAAGGUUUGACUAACUGAAGUGUUGCAUUCUGUAUUUGUCUGGUGAUGUGAAUUGAAAGCUUGAUUUAAUUUAAGAUGAUUUUAAAUCUACUAGACAUCCUCGAUCUGUUUAUAACUUAUGUGCCUUCCUCAAAUAAAGACUCAUUUCAUUGGA